UUUGUUUCAAUGCAGUUUAUUACCCUAUAAUACUGAAGGUGUCUGCUGAGAAAUCCCCCUUUUCAAAGUAGACGUAUCGAUGACGGGUCACUGAAGGCCUGACGUUAGAUUUCCGACACCCGGCAUCAUGACCGACUGACCUGAUGCGUACGUGGCCGGCCGUGGGCUGGGUCAGCAAACCGUAACGAAAGGCGACGGAGGAAGCAUUACACAUAAUUAGGCGUCGCUAUGUUGGCAAUACUUACUUUGGAUAUACGGACAACACCUUAGGCCUUGUGCACAAACCUAGUAUGGGACUUGUCUGAAAAAACCUAAGCAGGGACAGAACGGAGGGUUUGGUCUAACGCCAACACCCAAGAACCUGGACAAAAUGGCCACGCCCGACCAAGCCCCGCCCACAGGGGAGGGGGGAGAGGCCAAGGGCACUCCUAGUAAAUCAGGCAAGCUGGAUACCUUGGCACGGGAAGAUCUGAUCAAAUAUGUGAAGAAGCAAGCCAUGCAGAUGCAGAAACUUAAGGCACAGUGUGAUAAACUCACAAAGGAGGCCAAGGAGAAGGUGGAGCCUGGCGAGAAGCGCGGCGCUGCCCAUGCAACGGAGGAGCUGGAGGCAAGACUCAAGAUGGCCGAGGCUGAGCUGGCCGAGAUGAAGGAGGAACGGGAGGGAAUGUUGAGAGCUUACAACACUGUACAGCAACAGCAGGAGCAGACCGCCGAGACUCACAAGAAUCUUGAGGACGCUCUGAACAAAGUUACAACAGAGAAGGGGGAUUUAUUAAAAGAAGUUGCCCAUCUGAAGGAAGAUUUAAGCAAGGCCUCCUCCAAAAACAAGGAGCUGUCAGAGCAGCUGGAAUGCAUGCAGAUGAAGCAAGAGACAAUGGCAUCCACGUUUCAGUGUCUGCAGGAAGAGCAAAGCACUCUGGGAAAUGAAAACGAGGCUUUGCAAGAACAGAUCAAAGUGUUAACUGCUGCAAGGGAUCAGGUGAUGGAUUCUCUGCAGGCUUUCAAACAGCAGCAGCGGGAGACAGCCAGUGAUGCCAGUCAGCUCCAGAGUGCCCUUGCCGAGAUCACAUCAGAGAGAGACGAGCUGGCUGCCCAGCUGGGAGCACUGCAGAGGUCCCAGGAAGGCUCUGCUACAGAGAUUCAGGAGCUCAAGUCCAAACUGGAAGCUGCCAACGAAGAGAUCAGUGUCUCGGAGAAGCAGGAGGCGGACAGGACGGUGGAAGCGGCACAGGCCAGGAGGGCUCUGGAAGAGGAGAUCCAGAGGUUGCAAUGCCUUCAGGAGGAGAUCCUGGCCUCCAAAGACAGUCUUAUCUCCACCAAUGAGGAAGCCAAAAGAAUCCUGAGAGAGGAGAUUGAUUCGGCCAAUAGAGAAAGACUCGAGACUCAGAAAGACCGAGACAAUCUGGCAAAUGAGGUGGCUAAGCUUAAAGAGGAACUUGCACGAAAUGAAAUAGAUGUGGGCGAUGCUGCAAAGAGACAGAGUGAGGUGGACAACCAGUUAUUGAAAAUGGAGGAGACAUUAAAGGCAGCCGUCGCCGAGAAGGAGGAAUCUAACAAAGGGAUAGAGGAGCUCAAAUCUGAAAUUGGAAAGCUGAGAUCUGAGCUAAAGUCAGCAAAUGAAAAUCUUAGCUUAUCUAAUCAGGACAGGGACAGCGUCGAGGCCAUGCUGACCGAUCUCAAGGAGGAGCUGGAGAGUCUGAGACACAAACUGCAGGAGUCUGAAGAUUCUAACGGCGAGCUGAAAAUCCAAGUGGAUCACUUGACCAGUGAGAAGGGUAGAGUAGUCCAGGAAAGCCAGGCUUUCAAAGAUCAAGCUGAAAAUUAUGAGGCACAGCUCAAAGAUCUAAGAUUGGAAUUAGAGAGCUUGAGACGAGAGAAGGACGAAGCCGUGGAAGAUUUGGAAGAGAAGAAGAGGAGUGCUGGGGUUGCGACUGAAAAUCAAGAGAAGAUAAAGGGUCAUCUUAACGAAGCCCUGGCUGAGAACAAGAAACUUCUCGAGGGCAGUAAAGAACUUGACAAACGUAUAGGGCAUCUGGCGGAAGAGAAGAGUCAGUUAGCUGUCAAAAUAACUGACAAGGAAUCAGAAAAUGUGUCGCUGCUGAAUGAUGUGGCUACUUCGAAGAAAGAGAGGGACCAGCUUGCCAUAAAGGUGGAAGAAGUGGAGGGAGAAAUCUUGAAGCAGAUGCAGAGGAGCAAAGAUGUAGAACAGAAAAUGCAGGAAAAACUCACGGAGGCUGAACAAGAAGCCAAGGCAUUAAACCAACGGCUUAUUGUAGCAGCUGAGAACAACAAGAAAGCAUUAGAGGUAGUUGAAAGAGAAAGAGACAGAGCAAGAGACGAGCUGGAGGCGGUCAAACAUGACCAGACGAGCUCUGCUGAAGAACUUCAGGAACAGCUUCAGAGCGUCCGCUCUGAACGAGACACAUUAGUGGAUGCCAAGCUCUCUUUGGAUUUGGAGGUCCUAAGGUUAAACAAGGACCUGGUCACAGCUCAGGAGAGCCUGAAGGCCACCCUGGAGGAACUGGAAUCGAAAUCAGAAGCCGGAAACAAAGUGGCACAUCUGAAAGGAGAGUUGGAAGCCAUGCAACAGACUCACGAUGAACUUCAAACUGAGCUGAUGGCCAUCAGGGAGGCUCACCUGGAAGCUUUGAAUCAAUGCACACAUGCUGAAACACAACUGAAAGCCUUGAAAACUGGACAAGAGACGGGUUCUUUAAGAGAACAGGAGGAACUUCGGGAGCAGUUCCAAAAGGAUCUCGAGAGACUGGAAGCAGAGAAGUGUGAAAUUCUAGAGCAGCUUGAAACUUUGAGAAAGACCACUAAAUCAUCUGACAGUGCUCUCAAGCUUUCACUACAAAAUCUCGACACUGAAAAAAGCAAGUUGACCAUGCAACUGCAGGAACAGGAGGCAAGCUUCAAACUUCUAAUGGAAGAGAAAUCAGCUACCAUUCAAGAUCUUGAAAGGGAAAAACUUAAAGCUUAUGAACAACUGGAAAGCUUGCGAAAGACAGAAGCCUCACUAUACCAUCUUGAGGAAGCCCUAGAAAAAGUGAAACUUGAAAACGAAGAACUUCAGGAAGAGUUGAAGGCCAAGGAAUGUGAACAUAACAACAAAUUAGGACAACUCAAGGAGCAGUUGGAAACUGGAGAAGCUAACCAAAACAAAACUGAAGAAGAUCUCGCAAGGAUGGCCUCGGAGCUUCAGCAUAAAGAUUCGCUGAUUCAACAAAUCAGAGAAGAGAUGAAGGUUGAACUGGAAGCUAAGCAGUCAGAAUUAGACAGCAUCUCAGUCGAGCUGGCAGCUACCCAACAAGUCAAGGAAGACCUGAUUUCAAAGACCGAGUCCGAAUCUCAAGAGAAAUCCCCAGAGCAAGGAGAUGCGUCCAAUUCCCAGCAGGCUUCAGAAUCUAGGAUUCAAGACCUUGAAGCUAAAAUCAAAUCUUUAGAGGCAGACAAAGUGGCUUUCAAAGCCAACUUUGAGAAGCUGAAGAAAGCCAGUCAGACCAAAGUCCAACGUCUGAAGGAUCAGGUGGAAGCCCUUCAAGAAGAGAAGAACAGCCUGGCAGAAACAGUCGAUGCCUUGGCAUCAUCUGAUGGAAGCAGAGCCAGCCAGAUCGAAGAGUUGAGCAAGUGGAACGAGUCCCUGAGUGCAGAAAAGGCCGACUUGGAAUGCGAGGCGAGAACAGCGAGGGAAGACUGCGAGAGGCUGGAGGAGACAAAGCGGGGGUUGGAGUCGGCCUUGAAGGACUUGGAAGCGGAGAGGACGUCCCUCUUCACCGACCUGCAGGCUGCACUGGCUGAGCAGAGCGCCAGCACCGAGGGCCAGCAGGGAUUGACUGAGAGGCUUCAGGAGACAGAAGCGUCCAGGCAGAAGCUGAUCAGCAAGUUGCAGGAGGUCCAGGUGGAGGUUGACCAGAAGGCAGUGGAAGUCAGCCACCUGAAGAUGGACUUGGAGAAGGCUUUGGCAGAGAACGAGAAACUAAAGGAGGCGGGAAUAAAAGAAACCAUCUCAGAGAGCACAUCCAGAGCAAGAGAGGACAGUCCAAGAGAAAGAGAAACUCACCAAGGUGCCUCUCCAGCAGGUGGCUCACUGCAGCAACAGUUAGACGCCAAGGGGAAACAGCUCAAAGACAGUGAGGAGAAAGCACAGAAGUUGAGAUCUCUGGUGAUGAAAGUGAAGAAGGAUCUGGAACAGGCAAAGAAACAGGUGAGUUCUCAGACUGAGGAGCUGAGCCGUGCAACAGCGGAGAAAGAGCAGCUGUCCAAGAAGUUGGAAUCCCUGAACCAGCAGCUCAGCGGUAGCAGGCAACACAUCGAGAACUACCAGAGCUUACAUGUGGAAUAUGAGAAGUUACAAGAUUCUCUGGAUGCUGAGAAAGAAUUGUGUCGUGAACUGCAGAAGAAGCUGAACGAAACUUCUGAAGAUUUGAGGAAUCUGUCGACGGAGUGUGCACAGACCAAAGUAGCCAAGGAGGAGCUGGCGAGGUCAUGUGACCAUGCUGUCAAGGAGAUCCACAUGCUGGAACGGAGCGUGUCGGAACUGAAGGGCAAGCUAUCGGCCACAGAGGAUGAACGAAAUAAGGAAAGGCAGGAGAAGGAACAGAAGAUGAAGGAACUGGCCGAGGCCCUUGAGUUGAUCAAAGAGUUUGAACACAAUGCUGGAAAACAAAAGGAGGACUUUGACACGACUACAAGACAGCUGGAGGCCGCUCUCAAGGAAGCCAGCCAGAGCAACCUGAUGGACCUGGAGAUUGCCGACUAUGAGAAGACUGUCGCCAACCUCAACCAGACCAUCCAGGACAAAGAUGACUGCAUCGCCGACUACCAAGCGGAAAUUGAGAGACUCCAGAAACGUAUUGAAGCCAUGCAGAAGGAGAUAGAUGCGUCCGAUAACCAGCGCGCUCAGGCAGACGAGCGGGGGAACAAACUCAAGGCCAUGCUGAUGAAGACCAAGAAAGACCUAGCGGACUCCAAGAAGGCUGAAGGUGACCAGCGGUCUACUGAGGCAGCUCUUCACGGUCAGUUGGAGCGACUGACCCAGCAGGCCGAGGCCCUCAAAGUGGACCUGUCAGUCAUGGCAAGCGAGAAGCAAAAACUCCAGGACCAGCUACGUGCGGCGAGCGACGCCAACCUCCGGACUGUCCGAGGGUUGGAGCAGAAGAGCAGAACCCUACAGGAAGAUCUUGAACUGGCAAGAAGCGAACUGGUCAGCACACAGGAGGAGUUUGAGAGUUACAAGGUCAGAGUUCACAGCGUUCUGAAGCAGCAGAAGACCCGAGACAGCUCACACGUCGACAUGGAAACGGAGAUGCAGGAGAAGGACCACCUGGAGAAGUUGAACAGGCAACUCAAGACCAAGAUACAAGAAACCAGGGAUGAGCUGAGAGCUGUGACGACAGAGCUGGAACUCCUGCAAGACGAGCACGACCGGCUGCUACAGCGACACAGUGACAUGGUGUUGGACAGCCAGAACAAGGAGUCGGCUUGGAGGGAAAAGAUGGAGAAGCUCCGCAUUGAGAGUCAGUCUAGUAACAUCGAGCACCGGGAGGCAAUCCGGGAGCUCACGGCCCAGAACGAGGUGCUCACCAACACUUUCAAGACGCAGAUGCGACAGCUGCAGGACGACCACCACCACAGCCUGCACUCGCUGCAGCACCAACUGGAGAUGACGGAGAACCAGCUGUUUCGCCUGCAGAAGGAGCAGCAGCAGGCAUACCAGCAGCAGCUGCAGCAGCCACAGCAACCGCUGCUGCAGCAGCGCGGGCAGGCGCCGGCCGCCAGGAUAGCCGCCGACAGCAAGGAGAACUUGCCAGAUCUGGGGCCCGCUAGACCCACGCUGGAGGAGAGAGAACAAGGCGAGGGUAUGGAAUACACAGACGGUGAGCCUAGCGCCACCAAGCAGCGUCUGUCACCUACGACUAGCAACCCUCCCAUGGUGCCCUUGGCCCAACUCCUCAGCGAGUCGUCGCUGGUGGAGUCGCCCCCCAGCGUUGUCAGCCUCAUUGGCUCAACGGCCGAGGAAGAUCAGCUGAGGGCAGAGCUGACCACUGCCCGCAAGAAGUUGGACCACUUCAGCGAGAUCAUGAGCGACAGCGAAGCGACCAUCAUGCGACUGACAGAGCAGGCCAAGGUCCUCAAGGAGGAGAUCCGAAGGUUGGAGAGAAACCAGGAGAGAGAGAACGCCAUCGCCAACAUGGAAUACCUCAAAAAUGUCGUCCUGAAGUUCUUGAUGCCAGCUCAGCCAGGGGAGAAACAACACUUGAUCCCUGUCUUGACCACUAUGCUCAAGCUGAGUGACAAGGAACGGCAGGACAUCACGGCUGCCCUUGAAGGGGAAGAAAUUGCAGUGGCUGGAAAAGAGUCUAACAAGUGGGGUUCCUACUUGCAUCGCUGGUCUGGAGGCAUUGUAUAAACUGUUGCCACACUACAGAGCGGCUGGAGGAGAGGCCACUCAAAGUCCCAAACUCAAGCUUUUACUCUUUUAUUCUUGCCUUCAACUCAAGUGUGCAACAAACAAAGGCUAGUCUUGGUUUCCAGUUGCAAGCACCAUCAAAAUUGAGGCAAGUGUGAUCAAGACCCCUGGUUAACAGGUGGUUGAUUAGCACUUACUUGUAUCACAGAGCAAGGGUCUCCCAUCCAACUCGAAUCGGUGGUUAUUACAGCAAUUCAUGGUCUGGGCUCCAUGUUCUGCACUGUGAUGCAUGCAGCUCCUGACAGCCAGCAGUGGGUACCAGCAGUAUGUCAUUUCAGUUCAAAAUAUGUGUUGGAAAAAAAAUCCGUUCACGGUACCCUCUAAAAGCCAAACUAAAUGAUGCGAGUGUAAAAUCAGAAAAUGUUGUGUAAGUUGUAUGAUUUUUUUCCUCCACUUCUUUCGUUGAGCAGUCACGUUUUCAUCAGAUGGGUGAAGAGCAGAGUGAGGAAAUGUAAAGGACAUGGGAAAAUUGUUCUAUAGGCCACCGUCACAAUGCUGCCAUUUUUGUCUUGCCCCCUGUAUACCAAAUGACAAAGGUAAUACAACUUGACAUUUUGACAAAGGAAAACAGACUACUUUUCCCUUCCAGCCUCAGUUUGGUUACAUUGCUUUCUGUGGUAGAAACACAAGAUGGCUGCCCCACGAUAAAAGCUUCUAGAGCCACUUGCGAGGUGACAGAGAGUUUUUUCCCCUGAGAAUUUAAUGGUUUUUUUUCUAACCCGUAAUCAUGUCAACUCUCCAUCAAAAGUGAAUUUUUUGCCAAUUUUGCUGGAAAAGCAUUUUUUGCCUGAAUUUAGAGUUUUGAUUAUGUAGAAAAAUUGAGAUUGUCUUGUGAGGAGGUUCUGUCAAACAUAAAUUGAUUUUAUUUGAUGUAAAUGAAGGAGAACAUUGAUUCUAAAAAAGAAUGACAUCGGAAGACACACUUAGUGUACACCUGUAUUUAUUUUUGUAACAGUUCCUGCAAACUAACUUCAGAACACAUGGGAUCAAGGAAAUUCAUGGUCGGUGGUAACCCUCUAGCGAUAAGUCUGUAAUCAAGCAUUGUACUAAACUUGAAGUAAAAUAGUUAAAUGUAAUAUUUUUUUAUUUUUAUGGUUUGAGCUGUUUCUAACCUUAGUUACUUUUAUUAAUUUUUUUGUGCGACAGUCGCAAAAUGGGCAUUGUACAUCUUCUGAACGUUAAAAAUAGAUUCAAAAUAACUUAAAAAAAAAAGAAAACUUGUAUACGGUAAACGAAUACCUAUCCAGGUUGUUUUCCAACUGUGUAUGCGGUAAGGAACGUAUAUUUCAAGUUGUGCGCACUUUGUGCCUUAACCAUUUUUCUUGAUACAUCGAGUGUUCUGAAUAAAAUUUUAAAAGCAAAUCUUGUGUGGGUUCUUGAAAUACCUUUCCUGGGAGUAAUGCACCAUGGGAAUUGGAAAAUCUUUCGAAAAUAUCUAGCCCGAAUCCUGACAAUUUCCGGCCAGAAAUCGCAUGCUGUGAUAUUUAUUUCCAAGUAUAAAACGAUGGUUGAUGUGGGAGAUGAACUUCUAAGUGCUGGUGGUAACAGAAGACAAAGUGAAGAACUACCAUUCCCAAGACGUCUUUAGCCAAGCUUUUAGAUAAAUAUAUGAGAAAACGUCUGUUGUUUGGGGACCCAAAGUGGCAUAGCGGUAGAGAUCCCGCCCUCGGAGGAGAAGGUCCCAGGUUCGAGUCCCGCUGGUGGCAGAGAAACCGGCAGUGGGUCCGAGUUCCGUGGAGCUCGUCUACCCAACAGGAUAAAAUAAAAUAAAAUAAAAUGGAAUUUUA